GACAUCCUGUGAUUCAGACUUGGAUGGGAAGACUGUUGUCACCCUGAGUGUGCAGAAGUGGAAUGCAUGAUAUCAUUUGGAAAUUGACUGAAGAAUCUCCAUACAAUUCAAUAUGGCAUCACAGCAGUCAUCUGCAUCAACAGAGGAGCAGGCUUCCUCUGAAAUAGAUGAUCUCCAUCUAACGCUGCAAGUCCAGCGAGAGUUUACACAGAAGAAAACCUUCACUAGUUGGAUAAAUUCAAUAUUGGCAAAGCAUACCCCUCCUUAUGUUGUCUCAGACCUGUAUACAGACAUACAGCAAGGACAUCUGCUUCUGGAUCUGUUGGAAGUGCUUUCAGGUCAACAUCUGCCACGGGAAAAAGGAUUUAAUACCUUCCAAUGUAGAAGUAAUAUAGAAAAUGCUUUGACAUUUUUAAAGAGCAGAUCACUGAAGCUCAUAAAUAUUCAUGUAGCUGACAUUAUUGAAGGAAAACCUUCCAUUGUGCUUGGCCUAAUCUGGACCAUUAUAUUUCAUUUUCAUAUUGAAGAACUGGCCAGGACACUUGCCUGUACCUACAAUCAGCCUUCACCUGAUUGUUCAAGUGCCAUUGACUCCUCUACAAAGGCAAGCAGACCAGCUAAAAAAAGUGCUAAAAUUAAGGAACGGUGGAAGAUGUCUGCUACAAAGGCUCUUUUGUUGUGGGCAAAAGAGCAGUGUUCGCUGCAUGGCUCUGUCAGUAUCACUGAUUUCAAGUCCAGCUGGCGAAGUGGACUGGCUUUUUUAGCCAUCAUCCAAACUUUGAGGCCAGGUCUGGUUGAUCUGGAGAAGGCAAAAGUGAGAACCAAUAAAGAAAACCUGAAAGAGGCUUUCAAAAUUGCAGAAGUGGAGCUGAACAUCCCACGGCUUCUGGAGCCUGAAGAUGUUGACGUUGUGAAUCCGGAUGAAAAAUCAAUCAUGACUUACGUGGCUCAGUUUUUGCAAUACUCCAAAAAUUUGCCUGAGUCUGAAGAAGACAUGCAGGAGAAAGUAAGACAGGCCAUGGGCUGGUUGGCUGCACAGGAGAAGAAGUUAGCAAAGCUGCUGGUAGAAACAGAAAAUGAAGCAUAUUACCAGAAGUACAAAGAAAUGAUGUCAUUUAUGGAAACAUUUAACCAAGAGAAAAUCCCCUUUAUGCCUGUGUUGUCAUCAAAAAGAGGUGAAGCUGAGCUGAGUGAAGGCCAGCAGCAGAUGAGGGAAGAGUGGGAUAAAGUGGUCGCUCAGAUUAAUGAGUGGAAAGUGAAGCUGGACCAGAUGUUGCCCUCCCCUCUGGAUAGCAUUGAGGCUUGGCUCCAGGAGGUGGAACGUCUGCAGGCAGAAGAUUUGCCUGAUCUGCAGGACCCGUUCAAAGCAAUGUCAGUCUUCAGAGAAAUAAUUGUAAUAUUUAAGGGCUUGAUGGAUUGUUUUGAUUCUCACUUGGACACCCUUCAGUCAUUUAAGAAUGAAGAUGAGAAGAAUAUGCCACUAGUCUUGCCUGAAAAAUUAGAGGAAAUGAAAAGAAGAUUUAGCAAUAUUCGUUCCACAAACCCCAGCACUUUUCUUGAAUACCACUAUGGACUGUGCUCAGCCAUUGCCAAUGAGGUGAAGUUAAAGCUAAAUAUUUGGGAUGUGAAAUAUGGGGCAAAAGAGUCCGUGGAAUCACUGCUGGAAAAUUGGAAUAAUUUCAUUGAAGAAAAGAAACUUGAAAAACAACUAGACACUGCUACUGUUAUCUGUGAAGACUUGAAAAACAUAAAUGGUCCUGACUUGGCUGGAGAUCCUCAAGAAAUCAACAAACUUUUGAAGACAGUGGAGUCAAAGAUUUCUACGUGCAAAGAGUACAUUUCCAAUGUAAACACCACCCUACAGAAAGUCCUGUCCUCUUGGAGUAAUUACACAGAAAAUAUCCACUUACUAAAGACAUGGCUGGAAGAAAACAGAAAUGAGGAUCCAAAAGAGAUCCCUGCUGAGAUCCUGGCAAAGAGGAAUUCAAUUCAUGGUUCCCUAAAUGAAGCUGGAAACUAUCUCAUUGAAGUCAGCAAAGAGCAAGUUGGAUCAAAUAUUGCCAAAGAGCUGAAGAAGCUGAACAGGAGAUGGGCAAAGUUCAUCAAGAAGACACACUUUCUUGGAGAAGAGAGCACAAAUGCUGCUGAAAAGACCACGGACCUUCCAGGGAGCCUGGAGAAAAUUGAAGAGCUCCUUGGAGGGGUGGACAGCUGGGCAGCAGAGAUGGGACGUCUGCUGAGCAAGAUCAGUCACCAGGAGCCUGUGGAACCUAAGAUGGAGGAGCAUUUGCAGAGUUUGGCUGCAAGAGGAUCCUCAUGUCAAGACCAGGUUGUGGCAGCAGAAGAGAUAUUGCAAUCCCUGAUGCAGAAUGUUUCAAGUCAGGUGUUUCAGCAGCAUUCUUGCACCACUGGGCUGGAGGCACGAAUUAAAGAAGCCAGAGACAAAGUAGAGGCUGUCAUGGGUGACCUGAACAACAUCUUGUCCAAAUCUGAGAAAAGGCCCUCAGAGAAGGAGGCUUUGCUCCAUUUUGAAGAAUCCCAGAAAGAACUUGAGGCCUCCAUUUCAAAGGCUGUGCAACUUGUCAGUCAAAAAUUAAAUCCUGAAGAAUGUAUUUCAAGAUAUGAGGAAGCUUUUAAUGCUCUGGACAAUAAAGUUCUUGACAAGUUUUUGAAAGCAGCUGAACAGCUGAAAAAUAUUUCAUCUGAUCAUGAGAAGCUUGUGGUGGAAGAUGAUGUUCGUAGGAGAUGGGAGGCAGUUCGUCAGGAAAUUGUAUCCUAUGUCCAGCUCAUGGUAGAAAGGGAAAAAAAGAAAUUUAAUGCAACUUUUAAAAAGAUCAAUAAGCAGUUAGGCAAAGAGAAGAAACUCCUAAGUAUGGAUAAAACCAAAGGGCUCAUCAAGGAACAUGAGGCCUUUUUUUCACAUGAAGGCAGCAUGAAGGAACUUAACAAGUCUUUGGAAGACCUUAAAGCAUUGUCAAGACUCUCAGAAGAAACUGUUCCAGGGAUACAGACACUCACUUCAGACUGUGAAAAAAGGCUUGAAAAGGUUCAACAAAUGGUGGCAGACACUUACACAGCACUACUGGCUCGUGUUGGAAAAGGACAAUCCCCUCAGAAAGGGAACUCCAUUAUGGCCUCUGAGAAUGGGGAAGAGUCUGGUUCCUCUCAGCAAAUUGACAGCCUUAUGGUACAGGAGACCUCAAGACCUGCUGCAGAUACAGUUUUGGAACCAGAUGUGAAACAUCACAAUGGAGAAAGCUGUACAAGCAAGUUUGAGGAAGAUGGUGAUCUGGCCAUACCAACUUUGUUAGAGAGCUUUAACACACAAAGAAGUAACCUGGAGGAACUUCUACAGCUCAGCAGAGAUAAAGUAGCAUCUGGCUUUACUGAUGAAAUAAAAGGCACUUCAUGCUUUCAGAAUAAGCUGCUUGAGCUACAGGUAGUAGACAGUGAAAUCAGUUCUGGUUGGAUACAGUUGGAAAACAUCUCAUCUGCCUUAGAAAAUCUUGUGGCUGAAGUGCAGCAGGCUGCUCUCUCUGAGGCGAGAAACAAGCUACAAGGCGAGUGGAAAGACCUUCAGGAUAUUAUAAGUACCAGAAUAAACUCUUUGAGGACUGCUUUGGAAAUUGUUUUGCCAACCGAAAAUGAAUCCAUCCUUCUCUGUGAAUUAGAUCAGAGGCUGAAGAAAAAGGACAUCCAGCAGUUUAAUCUGAUGAACAGUGACCUUGCUUAUAGGGAGCUGAAGGAGCUGCAGAGAUCCAUAUUAAAUCAGAUUGAAGUGUGCAAACAAUUGGAACACCUAGACAGUUCAGCAAGGGAUGAAUUUAAUCCAAUAGACCUGCAAGCUGCAAGCAAAAUUAUGAUUUACUAUCAAAACCAGCUUGAAGAAAUGAGCCAUAAAAUGCAGAUCCGUGAGACAGUUCUUAAAGAUCUGGAAGCUUUUAUGGCCUCCCUGAGGAAGAUCCAGUCUUCCAUCAAAUGUCUCUCAGAUCCCCCAGAUCAACCUGAAGUACGGGGAAAAGCUUUGAGAGAGGCUGCACAAGAAGUUUCUCAUAUGGCAGAAGAGGCAAAAUGCUUGGAUGAACGCCUGAAGACUGUUGAUAUCUGUUUGGAAGAUGCUGAAUGUGGUAGAAGGACUUGCUGUGAAAACCUUGUUCUGACUUUAUCUGAAGAGCUAAAUGUGAUUUAUGAUCCCCCAAGUGAGCAGGUGCUUACAGAAGAAAAAGACUUAUGCAAGACUUUUUCCAGAAAAAACGGUGAACUCCUUAAAAACAUUCAGGAUCUACGUGACAGAAUUAACAAAAUAGGCUUGAAGGAUCCAACAAUUCCAGCUAUUCAAAAAAGGAUAAAAUCAUUAACAGAAUUGGAAAAGGAAUUGGAUCGUGCUGCUGCUGAAAUGAAACCUAUGCAAGAAAUUGCUAAUAAGCUCCGACAGAUCGAUGAGGAGAAAGCAGAGGAAACAAAUGAGCAGUGCAGAGUUACAGAGAGGUUAUGGGAGGAUACAAAGCUUUUGCUUGCUGAAUGCCAGGAGCAGUGUGCAAGGGUUCUGGAGCUCCUGAAGCAGUAUCAAAGCUGCAAAACGAGUCUGACCAGCAUCAUCCAGAAACAGGAGCUUGUGCUUUCCCAGCAAACUUCUUACAUGGGGAAGGAAAAUUUGAACAGACUAAUAGCAAAGAUUGAAGAGGCAAAAGAGGAAUUUAAUGAUCACUCUGAAGAUGUAGACAAAAUAAAUCAGAUCUGCAAAAACCUGCAAUUCCAGCUGAAUAAAAUGAGAAGCUUUGAGGAGCCUCCGUUCGAGAAUGAGGCUAACAUUAUUGUGGACAGAUGGCUGGAUAUCAAUGAAAAGACUGAAAACUAUUGUGAUAAUUUGGGAAGAGCUCAGGCUUUGUGGGACAAACUCCUGAGCUUAUCUGGCACAAUCGAUGCUUGGGCAAAUGCAGAGCUCAAGAAUGCAGAAGACCAUUACCUGACUGAGGAGGACCUCACUCAGCUGAAGGCAUGCUUACGAGUCCAAGAGCAGAAGCUCCAAAAAUUUGACAACACAGUGGCUGAGAUAGAAGAACUUCUGAAUAGUAAUGAACCUCCAUUGGAGCUACAGGUCAUCAGAUCAUCUGUUGUGCAAAAAAUGGAGCUGAUAAAAGAGCUCUUGUCAGCCAAGCGAGGGACCAGUGAACUCACCGUGAAUACAGCAGAGCUGAAGGGAGACCUUGAUCUGGCCAAGACACAAAUUGGAAUGACUGAAUCUCUUCUUAAAGCUUUAUCUCCUUCAGACACCUUAGAGAUCUUUACCAAACUAGAGGAGAUACACCAGAAAAUUCUGCAGCAAGAGCACCUUGUGGCAUUACUCCAGGAAGAGACAGAUUGUCCUGAUGUGGAUGAAUUAAACAAGCAGCUUAAAUGUGUCACUGAUUUAUUUAAUAACAAGAAACAUGUGCUUCAAGAUCACUUUAUGGGUGUUUUGAAUCGUCAGUGCAAGAAUUUUAAUGACUGGUUCAGCAGCACUCAGCUGUCUCUGAAGGACUGCUUUGAGCCCUCAGAAACAAAACCCAUACUGGAAGAAAGACUACAGAGGCUAAAGCACUUCCUAACAUCUGAAGGCAGAGAUAGAGACAUCCAAGAGGUUAAAGCUUUAUUGAAUAAAGUGAAGCCUUACUUGCCCAAAGCAAGCAUUAACCACCUCAACAGUCGUGUGAGAGAUCAAGAGGCAGAACUACAAAGGUUGAUCUCCAAAUGCCAGAAACGGGAGAAGGAGCUUGGUGCCUCUCUCCAGCAGCUCAGUAGCCUUGAAGAAAGCAGCAUGGCGUUGGAAGAAUGGCUCUCUGCUCAGGAGGAGAAAGUGAAAGAGAUCAAUAAAGAUGAUACAGAACUUGAAAAUGUCUAUAAAACAUUGUUAAUGCAGAGGAAACCAUUUGACUCCCUGGCUCAGCUAUCAAAUUCCUUGAGGGAGGCUGGGUUGGCAGAAUAUGAAACCCUUUCUGAGGCCAGUAGUCUUAUUAGUAGGUACCAUGCACUGAUAACACGUGUCAGUGAAAUGGCAGGGAAUACUGAGAGACUUCCAGUGGAAGGACAGAAUUUUGAAGGCCUUGCCCAGGAUGUUUCUUGCUGGAUCAAAAAGCUUGAGGAGGCUCUCAAUAAAAUGAGUUCACAAGGAAGUGAGUUGCCAUCAGAUGAAAGGAUUAUUCAGAUAAAGGAAAUCACAAAUCUCAGAGAUGAAGGUGAGGCCAAAAUACAGAGCAUGGUGGCUCUAGGAGAAACUAUAUUGAGAAAUGAGGAAAAUAAGAAGCCAGAGGUUCAGCAGACUAUUUCUGAGCUCCAGAAAAAGUGGGAAAACAUCUGUCAGAUGGCCACUGAAUUUAGCAGCCCUCAAGAGCAACUUCAGUGUAACAGGGAGCAAUAUGACCAAAGCAAAGAAGAUCUGAAACAGGCUCUAAUGGAACUGGAGAAACAGCAAAAGGAGAUUUUUGCCCUUCAGCCUGGUUUGGAGGAGAAGCAAGCUCAGCUGGCAAACUAUGCUGACCUCCUGCAGAAAACAGAAGCCUUGACUUCCCAGUUUAGCAAAUUGAAAAGCCAGAAGGAGCAUCUACAGGGCCACACUGUCGAUCCCUGCUUCACAGAGGCAGAAUGGUCAGAAUUAAAACACCAACAUGAAAAUCUGCUCAGCCAGCUCCAGACAUGGGAAAGCCCUGUUCAAGAGCACCAGCAGGUUCAGGAUACAGUAACAGGCCUGAGCACUGAGCUGAAAACUGUCUCUGAGAAGCUGUCUGAGUGUGAUGGUCCAGCAACAGAACAACCAUCAGCUGAGCAAAAUCAGUUGAAAUCACAGGAACAACAGGGACCACUUAGCCGAUGUGAAGACUCUGUAAAGAAAAGUUUGGUUUUAACAGAAACUGUUAAACAAAACACCUCUUCACCAGAACAGGAUUUUAUUAAGGAUGAGAUUGAAACACUUCAAAGUGAACACAAAAAUCUGGAAGAAAGACUUGAAAAUGUCAAGCAAAAGAAGGAAAACAUUUUCAGUGAAGCCCUUGAGUUAAAAGAUGAGUUUGAUAAUGAAACACAAAAGGAAGAUAAGGCAGAUACCGUGCUGAAGAGAGAGACACAGAUCACUUCUGAUACUCAAAUCUCUGGAAGGGAGGCCCCCACAGCAGUGGAGCUGAAAAAGCCUUUGGAAAUGAGUGAUGGUCAAGAUGUAAAUGGAAAUAUGUCUGAGAAAGACAAUGCUCCAGUUUUGGAGGAAAGCAGUGUAUUGUCAGACAGCCCAUUACAGGACAUCCAUCACAGCAAAGAGAGAUUGGGGCAGGCUAUUCAGGGAGAGACUGAUAAGGAGAGCCCACAUAUGGAUAAACCUGACAGGACCCAAGAGGAUGUUCUGGACAGUGCAGUUCUGGGUGGUAAAGCAGAACUGGAAAGACAUCAGGAUGGUGUUGCUAUUGAAGGUGAUCAAUCUAGGGAGAAAACCCAUCCAGCACAGGAGGAACCUAGUGAUGUGGAGAAGCAGUCAUAUAGAGAAGAUGGGGGGCAGGUUCAACAGAAGCUGUGCCAGAAAGGUCAAGUUCUGGAAUCUGCAGCAGCUGAGAAAGAUGGUCUGGGGUCGAAUCCCCCAGCUCCUGCACAUGAGGACACAGGUGCAGAAGUGGUUGUCCAGAAGGAACUGUUUCCCAGAGUGCAAGUAAACAAUGAAUAUUUUGAAGAGGAACAAAAGGUCAAUGAGCUGAAAAAUGAAGUGGCUGAACUGGAUAUGGUGCUUAUAAAUGAGCAACUAAAAGAGCUGGAGAACUUAAAAACUGAGCUGGAAACGUGGAAAGCAAAGUCUCUGUGCCAUAGUGAAGAACCAAUUCCCAGUGGAACAGGAUCAAACAGAGCAGAGCUGCAAGCCACGGAGGCUGUGGUGCCCUGCUGGGACAGGCUGCUCCAGGAACUGGAAGCUGUUAAAGCAGUGAAGCAGCAACAGUGCUGUUUAAUUAAUGAAUACCAGAAAAAUCUUGCUGCUGCACAGUCCUCCAUGAAAAAUUUGUCAACAGAAAAAGAUAACAUAAAAAUGGGGCCUAUGAACAACACAGUUCUUUUGGAGAAAAUUAAGGCAUGCAUAGAGUCCUUACGAAAAGAAAGAGAUGUCUUAAACAAGUUGCAAAGUCAGCAAGAAGUUUUAUCUCAGCAUUUGACAUGCAUGGAUAAAGUGUUGACAGAGAGCCAAAUGAGGCAGCUGGAGCACUGGUGGCAGCACAUGGAACAAGCAGUGCAAAAGAAACAUGAUCAGGUUGUGGCAGAAAUCGAUGAAUUUCACCUGCUUAUGAAUAAAGCACGGGAUAUUCAGAGGCUGAUACAAGAACAAUAUUUACAAGCAGAGUUACAUUCCUCAGCUGCAGGAAAAGCCAAAGACCCUCUAAUUUGGACCACAGAGCUACAGGACAUUAAACAUGGUCUUUCUCUAUUAAAAAGAAGGAUUGAGCUGCAGAUGAAAAGAAUUUGGAGUGAUCAAGAGAAGGUUGCUUUGGAGAACUCCAUACAGGAUUUGCAGAGCAAACUGGAAGCAUUAUCAGCACAACAAACUCCUCAAGAGGAUACUCAGACCACUGGUCCUGCUCUCAUGAAACAUGAAAUGAUGAAGAGGCUUAAAGAAAAUAUUUCCUGGGUCAAAGAUUCACUGUCUCACCUUGAUCAGAAAGCAGCACUUUUCCCCAGUGAUGUCAAAUCACAGAUCAGAAAUUGUCAGCUUAUGAACACAGAUAUCCUAAACAGAGAACCUGUGAUUGUAUCCCUGGAUUAUGGGCUCCAGCACGUCCUUCCCAGCUUGGAGCCAGAGGAGGUCUCUGAUAUGACCUUCCUUUUACAAACACUGAAGAAUUCAUACAAGGCUCUUGUUUUAAAAUCUGCUCAAAGGUUGCAGCACUUGGAGCUCCAGCUGGAGGAGAGGCAAAGACUCACUGCAGAAAUAGACAAAGUUCACUCUCAGCUUUGCAAAGCCGAGCUGAUGGCCAGGCCUGACCCACAGCAAACCAGCACAUGCUCAGAGCUGGAAGGCCAACAAGCCAUUCUAAAGGAGAUGCUGAAGGACAUACAGGAAAUAGAGGGGCUUAUCUCAUCCUACCAUAAAGAGAGUCAGGUCACAGCUGGGCAGCUGAGCCUGUCUGAACAGCUGUUCUUGAGUGACCAGUUAAGAAGUCUGAAGAAUAGGGCAAGGAAGACACAAAGGCAAAUUCAAAGUAAACUUCAUGAAGUAGAACAAAAGGCAGCUGUCUCCAGAGAGUUUGCUGAAGGAAUAGCUUCAUUGCAGCAGGAUCUUGAUGAUCUACAGGAUGGUGAAAUGAACCUGAAAGAUGAUGAAUUAGUAGGUGCCAAGCAGGGACUGAAGGACAAAUGCAAAGCACUGAAAGAAAAAGUGUUUGCUUUUCAGUCAAAUUUGUCACAAGUAAUGAAGUACCAGGAAAUAUUUGAAUGUGUAGGUCUGAAAUGGGACUCACUGCAGCUGGAUGAAUUGCAAACUAAAUUUUGUAAAAUUAAAAAUAAAAUUAAAGGGAAAAUAAUACACUUGGAAAAUAUUGUUAGGGAAUGGGAUAAGAUUCAAGGAUUGCUAAAUGAAAUCCAAACUGUGACAUCCAGUGUAAGAAAAGAAGCUAAUAUCCUAAAUGAUAGCUCCAGCUCUUCUCCUGCUGAGAAUGUCAUAUCUGCACAGAUUCUAUUGCAGGCAGUUCAACAAAUCUUGUACUUAACCCAGGAGGCAGCAAAUCAAAUUAACAAAAAUGAGAUCUUUGAUACAUCAUUCAAAGAAUCUAAGAGGAAAGAAAUAAAGAGCCUGGAGAAAAAUGUUGAGGAAUUAAAAGAGUUUCUUCAGAACUUGGUCUCUGGGCUACAAAGUGUAAACAAGGAAGGUAGCCAAAAUGAAGUACAAAAUAUAUGCCACAUCAUAAAGCAUAUUCAAUUAGAGCUCCAGCAGCCACUUGUGAUAGACCUCAAUACAAUGCAGGAUGAAAAGCUGCGAUGGGAAGCAAUUCAGAAUAUGAUGGAAGGAAAGUUUUCUGCUCUUAAAUGUAUCAUGGAGAAAGAGAGGGAAAAAGAAGAAGAAAAAUCUCCUGCUGCUGCUGCAGAAGUAGAGACACUGCAAGGCCAUGAAGCACAACUGAAGGCAGACAUUGCUGCCCGUGUUAAUGCCCUGGAGGAGGCAUGUAGGGCUGGUGAGCUCUAUACCAAGGCCCUUCAGAGGGCUGCCAGGUUGCUCGAGGACUGUGAAGCUCCAGCCCAGGCUGCUGCAGAGCUCUGUAGCUCGGUGGAGAUCUGUCAGACUCCACACUGGAAAGAGGAAGAGUUCAACUCUGCAAAGGCUGACCUAGAAAACCUGCACUCCAAGCUGAAAAACCUAGUGAAGCCAGAAGACAAAGUAUGUCUGGAAAAUGCUUUAAGAGAUCUAGUGGAGAAGAGUUUGGCAUUAAGGAAGAAGGCUCAAAGAAAGGAAGCUGAUGAACAAAGAUAUUUUGAAAAAAACAAAAGCUACACAGAAACCAAAGAUAAAGUGUGUGAUAAUCUUAAGAAACUAGAAAAGAUGCUUAGACAGUCUCUGUCUAGGAUUCCAUUGUCUUAUAAGGAAGCUUUGGAGCAUUUGGAAGAAAGCAAGAUUUUAGUCUCUAGCAUUGACUCUGCUGAAGAGGAUCUCAUGAAGCUGAGGCAGAUCUCUGGAGAGAUGCUGAGGUUAUGCAGAGGAAGUGACAGGGCUCUGGGCAGGAUUGUAAAAGUGCUGUGGGAAAACUGGCUGGGUUUGCUUGAGGCAGCCAAAGGGCUGGAAAUUACCUGUGAAGAGCUAAAGCAGGAAUGGAAAUUCAUCAAUGAAGAGCUGGAACGAGAAGCAAUAAUUCUUGAUAAGCUCCAGGAAGAACAGCCAGAAAGCCUUAAAGAGAAGGAAAAGGCCACCAGAGAGGAACUAGUGGAGUUACUUGAUUUUGUGAACUCAUUUGAAGAAAACAUCAACCAGCAGCAGCUCCUCUUACUCUUGCUUCUUCACCGGAUAAGAAACAUCCUGAAUACACCUGAAAAUGCUGAGGGAGAAGCUGCCCUUCCUGCCUUGUGUGAGAUAAAGGCAAUGCAAGAACGCUGUAAAAAGUUGUACAAAAAAGCUCAAGACCAUAAAGAUUCUGUGAAAGCUGAGAUUCAAGAGAGGAACAAGGUCACUGAAGAAAUAAGUGCUGUGACAAAUGCAUUACAGAAUGCUGCAUCUGUGUUACUGCAGGAUGCUGAUGGAAAGGCAGAACAGCUGGAGGAGCUUCAGAGUGUGAUUGGUAGAGAGAGCCAAGCUCUGGAGGAUAUCAUGGAGAAACUUCGGAUCAAGUAUUCUGAAAUGUACACAAUAGUCCCUGCAGAGAUCGAAACACAGCUGGAGGACUGCAAGAAACUACUGCAAGACCUAGAAGAGAAGGUUAGCUCUGAAAUCUUGCAGAACUCUCCUCAGUAUGUGCUGAAAAGAAAAGCAGAAACUAUUAACAAUGGCCUUCAAGCUAUUGAAAAGAUGUUACAACAGAAGAGUGAAAACAUUGGAAAAGCCAAAGAAGUUCAGAAGCAAAUUUGGGAUAUGCUGGACCUUUGGCAUUACAAACUCAAUGAGCUGGAUGCAGAAGUGCAGGAUAUAGUGGAGCAGAACUCCUGCCAGGCUCAGGAGUUGAUGGAUAUCCUGGUGGCCCCCCUGCAGCAGUACCAGCAGGUCUCACAGCGUGCUGAGCGCAGAACUGCCAUUCUCAACAAGGCCACCAACAAGAUGGAAGAAUAUGAGGAGCACCUGAAGAAUGUGAAAGAUUGGAUAGAAAGCACCAACAGUUUGCUAAGAGCUGAUGCUCAGCACGACUCUGCAAAAAGCUUACACAAGCAUACUGAUGAGCUCCAGAUGGCUUUGGAAGACUCAGAGCAAAAGCAAAAUCUUCUGCAAGGUAUCUUCAUGGAGCUGGAGGAGCUGUCACCUGUCUUUGAAACUGAGAGUGUAAUGCAGCAGCUGAAUGAAAUGGAUGUUCAAGUAGCAACUUUACAGCAUGAGAUAGCAGAGAUCCUUCCACAAAUCCUGCAUGUGGCUGAUGAGUUGGAUGCCAUCGAAUCUCACGUGAGUGUUUGAGAAGGAUGUUGCAGAAAAGUGUUUGAGAAGGAUGUUGCAGAAAUGAAGACAAUCCUGUCAUCAAAAGAUCUGUUAGAAUUUUCUCCUAAAGACCAACUUAAACAUGGACAGGUUAUACUUGAGCAUGUUGGUCCCAUGCAGAAAACUAUUGUUCGUAUACAGUCCUAUGAAGAUGCUCUUCAGGUGCCAGGGCUGAAAAUGCAGCCUUUCUCAGUCUUCCAAAGAGCAAGACAACUCUUGAGAGAAUUGAAGAAAUUAGAAAAAAUUACCAAGGAACAAAAUGAGCUACUGGAGGAAACUGUAAAGAAAACAGAAGAAUGUGAGGAAGAAAUUGAAAAGUUGAAACAACUCCUAAAGAACCAUUUGGUCGAAAUAUCACAUGAAGAUCAACCACAGGCUCAGAAGACUCCUUGUCCAGAGGGAGAGAUGGAAGCUGUAAAAGAAGAAAUCAUAAAGCUGUGCCAAAGAAAGGAAGAUUUCCUUACCGGGAUGAAGAAUUCCAUGUCUGAGCUUCACCAGCGCCUACAGCAAGAAGUGCCUGAAGCAGCAGAUGAACCUCCAGCCUCUGUAUUGGCACAGAGUGACCUGAUUGGGACUGAUGUUUCUGGUCAGCAGUUGAAAAAAAGAGGAGUGAUAUCUCUUCUACCUUCCUUAGAUGAAGAAUCAGAAGACUGUUCUUUACACAGCAAGGGAAGUACAGCCACAGAGAAAGAUGCAACCUUUUGGCCUUCAGAAAGAGGUGAUGGAAGACUCAAGGAAGACAGUGCAACCUCCUGGUCUUCUGGUACCUUGUCAGAUGGCAUUGUUCAGGAUGAGGAUGUUAUAACUGAAUCACACAGUAAACAUGAUGAAGAAACAUCUCCACAAACUUUGGAGGGCACUGAAGGUCCUGGCACAGGCAGUCUGGCUAUGAGCCACCAGCCGCCUCCAGUCCCCAACGCCGCCCUGGGCUCGCCGACAGCGCUGGAUGGAGCCAGGCUCGAGCCAGAAUCCAUCCUCCUGGUGUGCCAGGCCCAGGUGGCAGAGCUGGAACAAUGGCUAGACAAAACUAAAAUGUCCCUGAGGUCAGACCCUCAGACCCCCCAAAGGCAGCAGAUGGUGGAGCCGCAGCUUGCUGAUUGCCAGGUGAGGUUAUCAGAGAUUGAACAAAAGGUCCUUUCUUUACUGGAAGAUUGUGGAGAUAGUGCAGACUACCAACAAAAGACAGAGGCUCUUUCCCUGAAGCUGAAGGAGGUGAAGCGCAAUUUGGAAAAUGUCCAGAUGAUGCUUCAAGACAAGUACAGUGAAGAGCAGGUUCCCAGCAGGGAGAGGAUUGACCCAGAGCCCCUGGAGAUCCUGCACUCCGAUGGUUUCAGCACAUCCCAGCUGCCCCUUGCCCAACAGCCCUGGCACAACGGGCUCCAGCAGCCACAGGACCUGAAAUUAAAAGCAGCUGAGCAGAAAAGCCUCAUUGACUUUAUUGAGUCGUGCGUGGAAAAAAUGCAGCCACAGCUUGAGGACAGCGUGACUCCACAAUCAGAGUCCAGCAAUGGAGAAUCUGACUCAAAGAGCAAGCAGGCUGAUGCCACCUUAGCUCCAAAGGAUCACAUGGGUAAUAAAUGGCAAUAUUUACAACAGGAGCUGUCAUCAAAGAUGAAAUCUCCUCCCUGCCAGCUUGUGGAACCUCAGAUCACAGCAAAGAUGAACAUGUUGCCUCGAGGCACAUUCUCAGGUGCAGGAACCCCAACUGUGGAAGAGCUGAAAACUUACACUGUCCAGCUGGGAGACCUGAGCCAGGAAGCAAAUGUGGUGCAUGCACAGGAUAAUGUGGCAGAGGAAGUCUCUUCCAAUUUGGACAGAAAAUUGUUUGAGUUACUUCUGGCAAUCAGCCGGUGUUUGAAUAACAUGGAGGAGAUGCUGAACACCUCCGUGCUCUCCACUGAAGAGGCAGCUGUGCAGCAGGCUCUCUAUGAGACUCUGUCUGUGGAGCUGCAAAAACUUCAUGCUGAUCUGAGUGAUAAAAAGGAUGAUCUCCUGAAGUCCAUCAGCUGCGCUGGUGGGAGCACAGAUGUGUUCUGCGAGUGCUUUAACAACUUGCAGGCGCGGCUGGAACAAACUCAAGCUGCCACUGCCUCAAGGAGCAGCUCCAUGAAAGCUGGGCUGGAUCAUAAUAGCAAUUACCUGAAUCAAACCAGGCUACUCUAUGAUCAGUUAACUGAGAAAAAAGCUGCUCUGCAACAAUGCUUGAAUGAACUACGUGGACAUAAUGUUUCUGAACAGCUUGAGUUAUGCCAUGUUUUGUCCAUGUUACCUAUCACCUUAAUCCAGGAAGCUUAUAAAUUAGAGGAUGUUCUGGAUGACAUGUGGGGGAUUCUGAAAGCAAAGUAUGUGGAGCUGAACUCCCCUUCCAUCAGUGAAGCCAUGUGGGGGAUUCUGAAAGCAAAGUAUGUGGAGCUGAACUCCCCUUCCAUCAGUGAAAGCCAGUAUGAGGACUUGCUUCAUGGGUUUGCAGAGCUGGUAGCUAUUGGAAGAGAGAAGAUGGCACAAGAUCCAAAGCACCUAACAAAAAGCAGAGCAGCCCUGCAGUCUCACCUGAAAAAUCACAAGGAUUUUUUCUGCAACCUCAUGACACGCAUGGCUUACAUGGAAGCAUUUUCCAAGAGAGUGACUCCUUCUGUCCUGCAAAAGAGAGAGGAAUUCUGGAGAGAGCUGGUGAAUGAAGUCAAAUUGCUGGAGAAGAAGGCUUGCCAGUAUGGUAUACACUUAGAGAGCCUGCUGAAGGAUUGGAUGGUAUUUGAUGAGGAAUGCCUAGUUUUCAAUAAGGAGUUAGAAGCACUUGCCUCUGCAUUGCCUUCUGUCAGUUUGGUUGAAGAAACUGAAGAAAGAUUAUUGGAAAGGAUUGCACUUCUAGAGAAAAUCAAAAGUAGUGUUGAUGAAAAGCAUGCCAAGCUGUACCAGAUGGUGAAAGAAGGGAAGAAAUUGCUGACUGCUGUGAGCUGCCCAGAAAUAAGAAGCCAGAUUGGGAAGCUGGAAGAGCAGUGGCUGUCUUUAACCAAAAAAGUUGGCCAUGAGCUACACCGACUUCAAACAUUACUGAAACUCCUGGUCAGCUACAACAGAGACUCAGAGGAAUUGAUGAAAUGGUUGGAUUCUGCUCAGCAGAGAAUGAAUUUUUGGAAGGAGCAGUCUCUCAAUGUGUCACAAGAUCUUGCCACCAUCAGGGACAAUAUCAGCAGCUUGUUUACAUUUUCUAAGGAGGUUGAUGAAAAAUCUUCCCUGAAGUCAUCAGUGGUGAGCACUGCCAGCCAGCUCCUCCACGUGAAGCAAGCUGAUACUGCAGCACUUAGGUCAUCUUUGGCAAAGUUUGAGCAAAAAUGGGGAGAACUGAUUACACAGCUCCCAGCCAUCCAAGAAAAGCUUCACCAGCUUCAGAUGGAAAAGCUUUCAUCACGAGAAGCUAUUGCUGAACUAAUGGCCUGGCUGGACCAUGUGGAACAACAGCAGGAACGUGAGGAGCCAAUAAAUUCACAACACGGUGCUGCUCAAGUCAAGACCCUCCUUCAGAAGUACAAGGAGUACAUGAUGGAAAUGAACUUUAAGCAGUGGAUGGUAGACUUUGUUAACCAGUCCCUGCUGCAGAUGAGCACCUGUGACGUGGAGAGCAAGCGCUACGAAAGGACGGAGUUUGCCGAGUGCCUGGGCGAGAUGAACCUGCGGUGGCACCGCCUGCAGGCGUCCCUCAACAGAAAGAUCCAAGACCUGGAACAUAUUUUAGAGGAUAUUACUGAGAAUGAGAACAAAGCCCAGACUCUGUACAACUGGCUGGAAGCUCAGAGUGAUCGACUGAGAUCCUUACAGACCCCAGCAAGUCUGAUCUCUGCACAGAACACCUUAGAUGAUUGCAAGGAGCUAGAAAAUCAACUCACGGCUAAAUCCAAAGCUCUUGAUGAGCUCAAGGAAAGUUUGGCUUCGAAUGGUAGUGCAGAACAAGCCCCAGAAGCUCAGUCUCUCAGGAUAGCUGAGCUGUGUGAAAUGAAGGACAGCAUUGUAAACCAGGUUGCACAGCUAAAGGCCUCAAUGGAGUCAGUACUGGAGCAGUGGAGAGCAUAUGAUGAAAUUUAUGCAGAAGUCAACUUGAUGACAACAAGAUAUUUGUACUGCAUAGACCAGUGCAAACCUUCCGGGGAAGAAACUUCAUUGGAAGCUUUGAAAAAACAGGUCAAAACUCUCCAGGCUCUUCAAGACGAAUCAGAGAACAGUGAAGAAAGUUGGGCCAAGCUCCAGGCUGCUGCCAGUAACCUGAAGAAGAACUGCUCCCCCUCCUUUGCAGAGAUUAUUGACCAGAAGUGCACAGAGGCACACACUAGGUGGAACUCAGUAAAUGAAGACAUCACAGAUCAGCUGCGGGCAGCACAGGCAGCUCUGCAGCUCUGGGAGCCCUUUGAUGCUUUGUGCACUGAGACAGCAGCCAAGUUACAGCAGUACAGCCAGCAGUGCGCUCAGCUCUUGGAUGCUCGUGUGCCUGAGGAGAACACGAUAGAAACCCUGGAGCAGAGGAUACAGGAGAUGAAGAAUUUACAGCAUGGCCUUCAGAACAUCGCAGGAUGCCGAACCCAGAUUUAUCUGCAGGCUGACAGGAUAAAACAGCAGGCUGGGACAGCUGCUGAAGCCGUUCUGCUGGAGAAGCUGCAGCCAUUCCAGAGAGCAACCUAUUUGGAAAAGAUGUUGCAGAGGAAGUUGGAUGAACUUCAGUUCAAUCUCUUACAACUGGAGGAUUUCAACAACUGCCUGGAAACGCUGGAGGGUCGUGUCAAGAAUUGCACAGACACCUUUGAUAGCCUCUGUCUAGGGGAAGGAGACAACUCAGAAUUGCUCAUGAAUCAGACACUGGAGCUUGCUGCACUUUCUCCAAGCAUAGAGAGUUUGAAUGAAGCAAGCAUAAAGCUGCCACUCAGUGACUUCACCCUGAAGAAAAUGCAGAGCCUGACUCGGCAGUGGAGUCAGAAAACAGCAGCUGCUCUGGAAUGUUGCAGUAUGCUUGAGGGAACACAAAAUGAUGAGAAGAAAUUCUUUCAGAAAUGUGAAAAGUGGAUGAAAUUCCUAGAAAAAAUGAAAGAAGCCUUAAAAACAGAUAUUCCAGGAAACUUUGAAGAACUGCAAGAGCAACAGAGAGUAUAUGAGAUGCUGCAGACUGAGAUUUCCAUAAAUCAGCAGAUAUUUAAUUCUAUUAUAGAAAAAGUUCUACUCUCCUUGGAAUCUGGAGAAGCAGAGAAAAGGACAGAGUUUAUUUCCAAGCUCACGUUGCUGAAAGAGCAGUGGCAGAAUGUUAUCCGGAUGGUUCAGCAGAGGAAGAAAGAUAUCGAUGGACUCGUGAGCCAGUGGCAGCUCUUCAGGAGUUCCCUGCAGAGCCUCAACAGAUUCCUUGAUGAUACAAACAGCUUCCUCACAGCUGUGAAGAGCCAGGACUGUUACAGCCUUUAUCAGCUUAGAAAUGUCAUUCAUGAUUUCAAGAGUAAGGCAGUGAUCCUUCAGAGGUGGCAAGCCAUGUACACCUUGGUCAUCGAUGUUGGUGAGAAGCUGCGCACUGUCUCCGAUCCUGACACCAGCGCUGCUCUCCAGGAGGAGCUCAGCCAGUUACAGCAGCGCUGGGGGAAAACCCAGGCCCUGCUGGAGAAGAAGAAGAUGCAGUUCAGUGGCACCCUACAGACUUGUGACCGCUUUGAAAAGCAAACCAAGGAACUGGAAAGCAGACUGCAAGAGCUAAAAGAGAAAAUAAAAGAUCCACUCCCUGUUGAACAUGAAGAGCUCCACAAAGCCAAGGAACAUAUUAAGGAGCUGGAGCAGUCGCUGGCAGACUGGGCCCACGACAUGAAGGAGCUGCAGGCCAUGAAGGCGGAGCUGGCACACCUCAUCCUCACCGAGGACAUGAUGGUGCUCAAGGAGCAAGUGGAGCAUCUGCACAGGCAGUGGGAAGAGCUCUGCUUGCGGGUGUCCCUGCGGAAGCAGGAAAUCGAGGAUAGGCUCAAUGCCUGGAUCGUGUUCAAUGAGAAGAAUAAGGAGCUGUGCUCCUGGCUGGUACAAAUGGAAAGCAAGGUGUUGCAGACUGCAGAUGUUAGCAUUGAAGACAUGAUAGACAAAUUGCAGAAGGACUGCAUGGAAGAAAUAAACCUGUUCAGUGAAAAUAAGCUUCACUUGAAACAAAUGGGUGAUCAGCUAAUCAAGGCUAGCAACAAGAGCCGAGUUGCAGAAAUAGAUGAUAAACUCAACAAAAUCAAUGAUCGCUGGCAGCACCUCUUCGAUGUCAUUGGAGCACGGGUGAAGAAACUGAAGGAAACAUUUGCUUUUAUACAACUAUUGGACAAAAACAUGAGUAACCUUCGCACCUGGUUGGCCCGGAUUGAGUCUGAGCUUUCCAAGCCUGUUGUUUAUGACAUCUGUGAUGACCAAGAAAUCCAGAAGAGACUGGCAGAACAGCAGGACCUGCAGAGAGACAUAGAGCAGCACACGGCGGGCGUGGAGUCCGUGUUUAACAUCUGUGAAGUCCUGCUACACGACUCAGAUGCGUGUGCCAAUGAGACAGAGUGUGACUCCAUCCAACAAACCACCAGGAGCUUGGACAGACGGUGGAGAAACAUCUGUGCCAUGUCCAUGGAAAGGCGAAUGAAAAUUGAGGAAACCUGGCGUCUGUGGCAGAGAUUUUUGGAUGAUUAUUCUCGCUUUGAAGAUUGGCUAAAAGCAUCUGAAAAUAUAGCAGCUAGGCCUAAUUCUUCAGAGGUCUUGUACACACAUGCAAAAGAGGAACUGAAGAAAUUUGAGGCGUUCCAGCGGCAGAUCCACGAGCGCCUCACGCAGCUGGAGCUGAUCAAUAAGCAGUACCGGCGCCUGGCCCGCGAGAACCGCACCGACUCGGCCAGCAAGCUCAAACAGAUGGUGCACGAGGGGAACCAGCGCUGGGAUAACCUCCAGAAACGAGUCGCUUCCAUUCUCAGGAGACUCAAGCACUUCACCAACCGGAGAGAUGAGUUUGAGGGGACGAGGGAAAGCAUCCUUGUCUGGCUCACAGAAAUGGACCUACAGCUGACAAAUGUGGAGCACUUCUCAAAAAGUAACUUCGAUGACAAAAUGCGCCAAUUAAAUGGUUUCCAACAGGAAAUAACGUUAAACACCAAUAAGAUUGAUCAGCUAAUCGUUUUUGGGGAGCAGCUGAUUCAGAAGAGCGAGCCUUUGGAUGCCAUCCUGAUUGAAGAUGAAUUGGAAGAACUUCAUCGAUACUGUCAGGAGGUGUUUGGGCGAGUUGCUCGGUUCCAUCAAAGACUGACUUCAAGGGAUCCUGGAUUGGAUGAUGAAAAAGAUAACUCUGAAAAUGAGACAGAUCAAGAAGACUCCAGAGAAAUCCAGAAUGAUCCCUGGCAUAAGAAAGCCAUCACUGAGGGGCCCUCAUCGACACAGUCCCUUUGCCACCUUAUGCCCCCGACUCAGGGCCAUGAGAGAUCAGGCUGUGAGACCCCUGUCAGCGUUGACUCCAUCCCACUUGAGUGGGAUCACACAGGUGAUGUGGGAGGUUCUUCCUCUCAUGAAGAUGAUGAAGAAGCAACAUACUACAGUGCUCUGUCAGAUGUAGAAAUCACUGAAAACCCUGAGGCAUAUCUUAAAAUGACCACAAAAACUUUGAAAGCAUCUUCUGGAAAGUCUGUUUCAGAAGCUCAUCCUUGGCAUUCUCCAGGUAGCCCAGUCUGCAGGAAACACAGAUAUAACCAGGCAGAGAUGGUUGGAAAUGUGUUAUCUGGACCAGAGACGAGUACUCCCUAUAAACCAGACUAUGUGAAGCAGCUCAGCUCUGCAAGCAGCAGCAGCAGCAAGGAGAAAAUUCCGUCUGCCAACAUGAGUGAUGAGGAACCCCAAGAUGAGCAAGAACUUGUGAAUAUAGCAGCAGCAGAAAAGCAGUCAGGCAUUAUUGAUAGGUGGGAGCUCAUCCAAGCUCAAGACCUCAGAAAUAAACUUAGGAUGAAACAGAAAUUGCAGCAGUGGCAGCAGCUGGACUCAGAUCUCAGUGACAUCUCUGCUUGGCUUGAUAAAACUGAGCAAGAGCUGGAAGAGCUGCAAAAGGUGAAGCAUCCAACCAGUAUGCAGGCAUUGGAACAAAAGGUCAAGACACUGAAAGACAUGCUUAAAGCAUUUGACAACUACAAAGCAGUGUUGCUUUCUGCUAACCUGAGCAGCAAAGAAUUCCAGAAAGCAGACAGCACAGAGUUCAAGGAGCUGCAGAACAGGCUUCGGAAAGUCAACUUGCACUGGGAGAAAGCAACUCGUGCCCUGGACACCUGGAGGAAGGGCUUACAGCAAGCCUUGCUGCACUGCCAGGAUUUCCAUGACCAGAGCCAAAAGCUAAUCCUGUGGUUAGCAAGUGCUGAAAGCCGGAGGAAUGAAGCACAAAUCACAGAUCCCAAUGCUGAUCUCAAUACAAUACUGGAAUGCCAGAAGGAGCUAAUGCAACUGGAGAAAGAGCUGCUGGAGCAACAGCUUAAUGUAAACUCCCUUCAAGAGCUCACUGCUUACCUGCUGCUGAAAUCAGAUGGUGAUUACAUUGAAGAGGAAGAGAAGGUCCAUGUAAUUGGAACAAAACUGAAACAGCUGAUUGAACAAGUCUCUCAUGACUUAAAAACAAUACAAGGGAAUCUGGAUACCAAAACAUUCCUGCUAGUUCCAGAUGACUUGGACUCAGGAGUCUAUAAUCCAGAAGAAGAGAAAUCCAGCCCUGCUGUGAGGAAGGUGGCUCUCAGGAGAACUGCUGAUGGCAGGAAUGGCAGCAACACAAGGAGUGAAAGCCAUCCACAGCCUGUGCAGGCAAACCCUCGGUCUCCCUCUUUCUUCUACCGAGUCUUACGAGCAGCUUUACCUCUCCAGUUGUUCUUCCUGCUGCUUUUGCUCCUGGCUUGCAUGAUCCCCUCCUCUGAGGAAGAUUACAGCUGCACCCAGGCCAACAACUUCGCCCGCUCCUUCUACCCCAUGCUGCGCUACACCAACGGGCCCCCCCCGACCUAGGACACCCUGCAGUCACACCAAAACGCUCUUGGGUGGUGCUUUUUUCUCCCAUGCUGCUCCAGCAUCAAUCAAGCAGCGAGAUUCACAUCUCAAAAUGUAUAUCUUGACAAAAUUUCAGCAUUUUUGUACGGAAAACAAAACUUUUUCUAUAGAUUUUUUUUAAACUGUAAGCAACACACUUUAUACUUUGAUGCAAUAGAUACACUAUUUUAUAGGGGCAGUGCUCUUAAGCUAGCAAGGUGUUUGGAUACUGAGUUCUUAGAUGCAGAAACGACAUCACAGUAAUCUUAAACAUAGCAGUCUGUCUUGGGUUAGCACAACAAGCAGGUGAAGAGGGACUUCAUUUAACACAAUUUCUGCACACACUUCACAUUACUUGUAUCUUUUGGUACUGUAGUCACUUGGUGGAAACAAAAAUUGCAUAUUUUUGAAUCUUUGUUAUUGUAUUUUAUUCAUCUAUCAUGUUCAAUAUCAUGAUGCACAUUUGUUUUGUUUGACAUAAAGUGUUCUAGUGGUUAGGACUGCUGUGUUGUCUUUUUAUACCACCUUUGAAAUAAGGAAUUGCUGCAUUGCAUGGAAAUGGUUUAUAAUGCACAUAUUUUCUAGAUGAACAUGAUUAUGUAGACUAUCCCUGAUGUAUACAAAUAGUGCACUGACUUUUUUAAUGAAAGUUUCUUUUUUUUUCAGUUUUUAACCUGCUGAAUAGUGUACAGUACCCUGGGAGAGAAUUGUGCAUUUUUAUAAGCUUUGUUUUUAAAAUGAAACUGGUGUGUGGGCAGUGGCUGGAGAAACACUGUGUACAGUCAGCAUUGCCACUGCCCCUCGGUUGUACAGUUUGAGUACUGUCAUUAAAAUUUUGCCAAUGUCUGCA